AUGUCUGGCCCCUCUGAUAGUGGCUCUGGGCCUUCAUUUUCACAAUUCACCAGAAUGGAUACCCCAGUGAAGCCCCCUCCCUUUCUGUCAGAGCAAGAGGACACCCCAACUACUCUAUCGGCUCAUAAUGAGGGGCAGGAGAAAGGUCCUGACGUGUUCGAUCGACGGGGCUCUGCGGACUCUGGCAACGUCGGCGAUGGGCAGGCAGACGAAGGCUUUGUGCUUUCAAGAAGCUUGCAGGAUCCUUCAGAGGAGCUUCCGAUCGAAUUAAUCAGUUUGGCAGAUCGGUUCGUCAAUUCCUUGAGUGCCAAAGUUCACAACUCGCCCCCUACGAUCGAUAAAAUUUCCGAGCUUUUCCAAGUAUUUUACAGCCGUGCCGAGACUCACAUAGCCACUCAUAUAUCCGCCCUCAUAUCUCGCAUCAACCGAGACCUGUCACCUCAGGUCCCCACAAAACCCCCGCGGGGAACUGCGCUGUCAAAAUUGAGCAGCAAACGCUCCCAGGAUGAUGUCAGACCAGCGGCUUCAGGUCGCCAAAUGCUGACUGCUUCAGAGGUAGCUGAAAAGCGAAAGGCUCGUAGAAUUCUGGAAAACAAACGAGGCGCAUUGGAAGAAGCCGCCGAACGAAGAGUUUGCGAGAUUGUCUAUGACAAACUCUGGAGACAUAAAAGCACAUUGGAUGAUGUUAGAGACGAAAAGUUGCGAUCCAAGACCGCAGCUCUGCUGCUAGUCGGCAUUAACUUGAAGGAUCUCGGAAUUGACCUGGACCUUGAUUCCAUCGAUCAGCAGAAGCAAGAUGAAGCGAAUGAAUUCCUUGCCCAGGCCAGGGAUUAUCUUGCAAAGAUGAACGAUUACAAAUAUCCUCUUGGAAAGCUCCAACAGCUUGCCGCAGCUCACAAGGCAAUUGUCGAUGCUCUUACUAAACUUUUGCCAUCUUCCUCUUCUGCAGAUGAGAUCCUACCGACUUUGAUCUAUUCACUUGUCACUUGUCCACCAGAAGGAAUCAAUAUUGUCAGCAACCUGGUUUUCAUCCAGAGGUUCAGAUCUUCAAGUAAAUUUGAUGGAGAAACCGCCUACUGCUUGACCAACCUCGAGGCGGCAAUCAGUUUCCUCGAAAACGUUGAUCUUUCUACAUUACGUGCCGAUGAGCUCCAGGAUGGGCCUGUCAGAACUCCAAGUACGACAACGACGCCAUUGUCUGAACAUGCCGAUCCUUUCCGACCACCCAAAGAAAGUACAACUUUGUCUAUAACGGCUGUAUCAGCCUUGCCAGAGCUUUCAAAGCCAGAUACCAAGGAACCUGUCUCUUCAACAUUGCCCAAAACACGGCCCUCUCCAACACCGCAGCAGCGCCGUCUCAGCAACCUUUUCCAACCUCCUUCAAAGGUAUUAGGGGCUGCGAAUGACGCUGUUCGCACUACUGCCGACCAAGGCUUGAAGAAUAUUGGCGCCACUUUGGACAGCAGCUUUAAUUUCCUAUUUGGCCGUCUGAAGGAAAUGCAGUCCGGACCAGAAGGAACCGGCACCGCGCUACCAAAGACUUUGGCUGAAGCUCGGCGUCUAGUCACCAUGCCGCCUGUCUCUGCUGAAAACCAAAACUUAACACAGGACGAGAUUGCAGCGAUCAACUCCGUAUCCGUGGAUGAGAGCACACCACCACGCAGCAAUUCAAGACUCACCGGGCUUUCCAGUGGCGGUCCUGCCUCUCGUGAUCGGAGUGUAGACAGCACCAGAACGCAAGCAAGCAGCAAAAAGUCCAUCGCCACAUCAAUCAGAGAGGAAAUUGCGUUAAACUCUGCCAACAGUCCCACUCCGCUGGAAUCAAUGCGGAACUUUGGUAACACUCUCAACCCUCUGAACCACAUUCCAGGUAUGAUGAAGAACUUCGGCCGUGCACCAGAGACUCCCGGUGCCCGAUCCGUUUCUCCAUCCGGACUUGACCGAUUCAAGCCAUCACCUGCCUCAUUCGACAACACCAGCGCUGCAGCCAGCCCUCUCCCCACUUCAGCAUUGAAAGUGGACCCUCCGAUUCAGCGCUUCCUUGAGACACAGGAUGCGCGCGAUCUUCGAGUUGGAGAUGUGGCUAUUCUGCUAGAAGACUAUAAAAGACUAGCAGCUGCACUAUACAAACCAGCCGAGUCUCGAUAA